AUGACAGGGACGCAGGAGCCUCAAGAGAAGAAGAGUCUCCUCUUUGUUAAUGCCAAUCAGUCAAACUUUCCUUCACGUCGAAAUAACCAUAAAUCAAUAGAUUCCGAGGUCCGUCGCCAUGUUAUGCUCGAUAUUGGUAAGGCCCGAAGAAAGCCAUCAAAGGAUCGCCAGUUCGUUACCUUAACAUGGCAGACACAAAAGCACACCGGCAAACACGAAAGUCCUAAAAGCAGGCAGUGCGGCCACUCAAAAACACUUGAGGAGUCCCAGGUCACAAUAUACACACCUACCUUGUAUGCAUUGGCUGUCUUCGAGAGGGAAUGGGGAGAAGAUUCGUUCUCGGCAUACGGUUUUACUCUUAUCAUGACCACAGGGAAGAAUGCUAUGAGCGGCACGUAUUUGGCAAAUACGUUUUGGUCCCCUUUCGCCUUCAGAAAGUCUGCCUUCCUGAAGCACUACCAGCGAAUCUUUAGUUCACCAGAUGUUCUUAUUCAAUUAUACCGUCAAUCAUCACUAGGACUCAAGUCCCUGGCGCUGGAGCGCUCACUUAUGACAAUCCAGUGUAUCGAGUCCAGACUUGUAAGCUCUGAUACGAGUUGGGCAACGUCAGACAGCGUUAUCAGCGCUGUUCUAGCGAUAAUAUGUUACAAUUUUUCCAACCUAGAUUUUGACCAAGCGAGGAUUCACAUCAGGGGUAUCUGGGUGGUGAUUGAGGCCAGAGGCGGCAUUUCCACUGUAGAGAAAAAUGACCUAUUCCUCAUGAUAUCAUGGGUCGAUAUCACAGCAGCACUUCUGCAUAACACGAAGCCCUUGUUUCCACUACCCGCGAACAUGGACCCAUUCGUUCGCCCAGGCUUGAAUACGCUCCCAGGUCCUCUUUCUGGCAUUCUGAACGGCGAUAUAUUAUAUGGCGAACGCUCUCUGGCGGUUCUUGCAUGUAUGGGAGACUUGAAUGCACUUGCGACAUUCCUCCAGGCCGAGCAGGUAACCAAGGGCGAUGGCAUCUGGAACGACGAAGAGCAAAUGGGUCUCCUUUUGAACUCAAUCGCGCACGACUUAUUAAAUCAGAAGAAACUACAGCUUCAAAAGUCUGAUGUACCCUUUGAAAUAAUCUUAGAGUCACUUCGGCUAGGGGCUAUCAUCUGGACCAUACAGGUGAAGCGAAGGUGCCGCUCUUAUCCCGGGACUGCUCAAGCACACAUCACGACACUCCUCGUAAUAAUGUCAAAUGACGCGGGAGCUGGUAAUCCAUGGAACUGCAGCGCAGACCUGCGGGUUGUUCGUCUCUGGCUCCUGGUUCUCUGCAGUCUUGAGUCUUUUGGUCUGAUUCGGCUUAUGAGCCCGUUCUAUCAUACCGUCGCUGUACUUGUUGCAUUCAAGGUUAUCGUGGUCAUCUCUGUGGAAGCAGCCGAGGAGAGCACCAAGGCAUCACCAUUGGCUCAUGAGACUCAAGAGGGAACCCCCAGCGCCGAUGCCCCCAUUGAGCCUUCUUCAUCAAACACAACUCCGGGUGUCAUGACCCCAAAGCCCGUGCCAUCAGAUGGCGAUCUUGAGGGGUCAUCCUCGGUUUCUCUCGAAAAUGUCGUCCUGGAUCUCGAAGAAAAGAUCCGCGGAUUGGAGUGUCAGCUACGAGAACGCUGUGAAGCCAGUUCGGUUCUGACGACCCCGUACGCGUCUUUGAAGCGCAAGAUGCAGGAGGAGCUCUACGACCCCAUUUCCAAGAAGAUGAAAUCGGCGUCCGAGGUCAGCCUGGAGAUGGGCUCAUUCUCCACGGAAGUUGCGGGCCGAUGUGUUAGAGUUCAAAGAAGGUUCUUGCCCUUAUAUUAG